AUGGACAUUCGCAAGAAUGGAUCGAAGCUGCGAAAGAAGGUGUCGUCCGUUUUAAAGAAGCUGGAUAAGAAAUCCCCUAAUUAUCAGAAGCUGCGUUCGUUGAAGAAGAAAAUGCAAAGUUUGCAGGAUGAGUGCGAUCGUUGUGUGGAUGAGCAGGACGUGGAUGUGAACGAGCUUGGUGAACUGAUUCUGCAGUUCAGCGAGACUGUGAACGACGUGAUUUCCGUGCUGAACGAGCCGAUGGACAUCGAGGAGUCGAGCGACAGCGACAGCGACGACGACGGAAAGAAGAAGAAGAAGAAGAUCCGAAUGCCGAAGUUUGACGAUGAAGACGACGACGAUUCCGAGCGAAAGAAGCUGCAAAUCAAGAUCCGCAAGGCGGUUUAUAAGGAGGUCAUCAAGGAGCCCAACGGCAAGCUGAGCGUGUCCCACCUGGUUCUGGAGCCGCGCGGCCAAGCCGGCCUUCCCAUCCAAGUCAAGAAGGACGAAGUGAUCGGCUUCUGCUGGAAGGAACUCUACAAUAGCCGCAUGCUGUUCCGCAGCAUUCUCUCGCUGAGCUCGAUGGACGUGGAGGGCAUUGAAGUGGUUCCGCUGCAAGUGCGAAUCUCCGAGUAUCACAUGAUUUACCGCGUUCCGGAGGACGGUGUGCUGCGAUUGGGCUGGGACAACUCGCUUUCUCUGCGCAAGUCGAAGGAGCUGGACGUGUUCGUGAAGCGAUUCGAUCCCGCAGCGGUUCCGAAGGUCAUGGAGGAGGAGAUGAAGCGUCGUGAGGCGUGGCGUUUGAUGGAGAAGGAGGACCUCAUCGAGGGCAACAUCGAAGGCGGUCGCCUCACCUUGAAGCUGACCGAGCGAGUGAUCAAAGAGGGCGGUCCGAAGUACACUUGUCACUGCGACUGGGAGAGCAGCUCGCUGCAGAUGAAGGCGCAGUGGGACGUGCAGUACCCCUAUCUGGUGUGGCUGGAGUGGUACAACCUGCUCAAGUCGAAGUAUCCGACGCGCAUCAGCAAGAUGGCGCCCUUCCCGGGAACCGCGUUGAUGACGACAGCGCGUGUGGUGGAGAUGCGCCUCACGAAGAUCAACGCAUUCUUCCAGGACCUGGUGCAGGAUAGCUACAUGAUGGAAGUGCCGGAAGUGGUGAGCUGGUUCCGCUGCCAAGAGUACAUUCGCCGAACGAAGCAUAUCCUUUUCGAAGCCAGAGGCAGGAAAAGAAAAGGGCGGCCUUAACGCUACGGGAGUAUUAUGAGAAGUUCAAGGCGGAGCGAGAGCGAAAGCAGAAGGAGCUGGAGGAAGAGGAGGAGAAGCGUAAGAAGGCGGAGGCGAAGGUUCCCGAGGUGAAGGAGGAAGAGCUGGACGACCCGCUCUCGUAUUUGUGCGCUUAAGGAGAAGA